GUAAUUUGAAUUUGUGAAAAUGAAAAUGAAUUUAAGCAAAUAAAAAAUCACUUUUAAUAUGUCUCCCGACACUGUUUGUUUGGAUAAUCAAAUAAAGUCCUUAACAGACGAAAAAAAAUGGCAAGAUAUAAUAGAAAUUGGCAAACAAUUGUCACAUGAUGAAAAAUCUCGUUAUAUAUGGGUAUGGCCAAAUCAAAAUUGCCUUCAUUUUAUAAAAAAUUGUUUAGAAGAAAUUCAAAAAUUGUUUAGAAGAAUUGGUUCUGGUCUUUUGGAAUGGCUUAUAGAACAGAGUACAGGAAGUCGUGUUUAUGGUAUAGAAAUUAAUGAGAAAUGGUGGACAAGUAAAUAUUCGCCAACGAAAUUUAUUCAAUUGAAUUAUGUUGACAAUGUUGAUAUUAAUAUGGAAUUUUUAAAAAAAUGUGCAAAUAAUACAGAAAAUUUUAUAUUAUUUUUUUGUUAUUUUAAUUGUUUUAAAACAUUUCGUAAAUAUUUGAAUUCAUAUAAUGGAAAAUAUUUAAUGAUUAUUGGUCCUGAUGAUACAAAACAUAAAAAUCAAAAAAUAUUUACCGAACCAGGACCUUUCAAUUUAGGUUUAAAUUCAAAUGAAAAUGUAUGGAAACUUUAUAAAUUUUUUGAAAUAGAUAACAAUGGAAAUUUUUUAGCAUUUUAUAUAAAAGGAUGAAAAUAUAUUUUUAAAGAGUGUAGAUUUAUACACACACAA